AUGGUGGUCUAUACCAGAACAAUAAUGCUGGCGCUGAGAAAUGUGGACUACAUUGGAUCCCCAGAUUUCCUCCCUCCAGACAUCACGAAUACCACUGAUCCAGCGACCGCUCAACUAAUUUCGAAGUUGAUAUUCGCGGAAAGCAAAUGGAUCAGGACGUCAACAAUAUUACUCGCAUCUUUUAACAUCAUCGCUGCCGCUGCGACUGCAGCCAGCAUUAUCUAUGAUUGCUACUGGGCAUCCAAACGAUGCAAUCCAAAAUUCAAAGCAUCAAAAUUCUGCAUUUCAUCCAUCCAUCCAGCAGAGCUAUACCCAUUGAUUAUAUCCAUCGGUAUCGUGAUUCAAGGAAUUAUAUUUACUAGUGUGCAGAGCACCGGGCUCAUGUCCGUAACUAUUGAUGGAUGCGGAACUAUAGCACAAGUUAUCUGGCCUGCCAUCUUCAUUGUGCCGUAUAUUCAAGUGGUACUCGGCAUCGAGUGCGCAUUUCGAGCUUUACAGAAUCUUCCCUUCCAGGCGAGAGGGAAGUAUAACGUCUCAAAGUGCGGUGCAAUAGUUUUUGUGAUGCUUAUCGCCACCUGGAUUCCAUCAUUUCUGGUGCCCGCGCCGGAUAUUUGUCUCGCAUCGCUACUUGGCUUUAUCACACGAUACGGGGUUCCAGGAAUAAUUAUAUUCUCAUCAGCUGCCGGAUUGAUGUUUAUAAGUGCGCUUACCAUCUUCUUAAAACUUUCGACUGCAAACUUCGUGGAUCAGCACCAACGAAUUGCUGCAUCAAGAAUCGUUCACUACAUGGCAGUUGGAUUCGUGUCUCUGGCACUAAUUUUGCCCUACUUUGGCUCGCUCGCUUCUACGGAAGGCAACAAAAAGCUUGGAAUGCUUGCCACGGUUGUAUUGAAUAUAUCUGGGCUGAUUCAUGGGCUACUUCACCUCAUUUUGAGAGCCAAUACCUCCACAACAUCAAUUGGACCUAAAAUUGGUGGAUCAUGGGACGGUGGGAAGCAUGAAAUUCGAAUUUUCGGCCCCAACGAAUUGAGGAAUUAUCGUCCCAUAGAGGACCCUGUGUUUAGCUCUUUAUCCCUAAGUACAGCAACACGCGAGAGUCAAUUCAGUGAAUUAUCUCGUAAGGCAGGCUCGUCAGAUCUAGAAAAGGAGGAGAUUAACAUGGAGAAACUUCCAAGCCACGUCUAUGGGUCACCACAGCACACCGAAGUGGAGACCUCUGAAAUUCCUGCGACAACUAUGCAAAAUCCAUUCCCCUUUCUCUCUGCACAGGAAGCUCCUCCGCCCAUACCAUUUAACCAGUUUGCUCAACAGGUUUCAAUCUAUGAUAUAACCGAUUUAGCGCCUCCUAAACCUAGCUUUGCCCGCAACAGCCGUCAUGUCCGGGUAUCCUCAGACUCGUCAACUGCGACUGUACAAAUUGGACUACGUCUUUCUUUGGCACCCCUACAAGCUUUUGCGAAAAACGAGGAAGCAUUUUCACUGCCCUCUACGACUUAUGACGCUAGACCACCAGCAGCUCCUGCAUCUCCUGCAUCUCCUGCAUCUCCUGCACCACUCUCAUCACCAUAUUCUCUCCAACCAAAGACAUACUCUGGCUUCCAACGAGCCGUCCUUCCACCCAUUCCACUUCAUGUGGAAACUAAUGUAUCAACGGGUCAGAGUUCUCCAAUGCUAUCCUCCCCUAAUGAUAAGAAGCCCGAGAAACCUGAGUCGCCACAUCUGAAGGAAAACUUGGACACCUUAGAACAACCCAUCUCUCUUCUUCCUAGUAAGCCUUCGGAUACAAAAAAGCCUAGGCUGUCAGGCAUCAAGCUAAGUCCCUCUGUCUACCGGCCACAGAAGAAGUCAUCCGCUACUUCUCGGAAAGGUUCUGUACAUGAGCCCUCGAAAAGUCCGACAGAAAAAUUCAAAGGGCCGGAUUCCCCAUCGAAUUCCACUAAUCCUGGCGAACGGGCAGACUGGAUAUAA